UGGGCAAAUUUUUUUCAUUCUUCCUUGACAUUUUCAGCGAGUGUGUCGUGUUGGUCAUCUCUCCCGAGUGUCUCUCUCUCCUUGAGUGUGUGUGUGUCAUCAACACCGAGCAGCAGCAGCAGCAGCAGUACGAAGUGAUCAGUAAGAGCUGCGCUUCUGAAGGAAAACGACACGGUUCGGUGAAAAGUAACAACCCCCUUAAAACAAAACAGCCAAAAACACAGCAAUGGCCCUGCCGGAAGAAAACCCCGUCUACUCGCCCUUCUUCGGAGUGAUGGGCGCAGCAGCUGCUAUCAUUUUCAGCGCUCUCGGCGCUGCCUAUGGUACGGCCAAGUCCGGUACCGGUAUUGCCGCCAUGUCGGUGAUGCGUCCGGAGUUGAUCAUGAAGUCCAUCAUUCCCGUUGUCAUGGCGGGUAUCAUUGCCAUCUACGGUCUGGUCGUCGCUGUCCUUAUCGCCGGUUCUCUGGAUGAGCCAUCGAAAUACUCGCUGUACAAGGGCUUCAUCCAUCUCGGCGCUGGUUUGGCCGUCGGUUUCUCGGGCUUGGCAGCCGGUUUCGCCAUCGGUAUCGUCGGUGACGCCGGUGUCCGUGGUACUGCCCAGCAGCCGCGACUGUUCGUCGGUAUGAUCCUGAUCCUCAUUUUCGCCGAAGUGUUGGGUCUGUACGGUCUGAUCGUCGCCAUCUACCUGUACACGAAAUAAAUUAGCAUCGCUGAUGCUAGUUCGCACCGCCGGGGGAAGUUGUGCCCGUGUUUCCGGUGGCAGUGCGCGUCCCUAGUGGAUACCGAGCACGGAUCUAUCAAACGAAAUGCCUGGCAGAAGGGGAAAUAUGCAAUGCUACAACAACAACAACAACAAGACCAACAUCAUCAUCAUCAUCGCAGGUAUUUCUUCGAUCCUUGUUCGCCACUGGAACGCCACACAUCAAUUACCAUCGAUGGGCUAGUGCAGACUAUGACUACACUUGCCAGCGACCGGCAUGGCCACCUUUCGACCACCAUCAGCCCAACAGCAACCUGAUGGGGGCGGCGUGUGUGUGUAUGCGUAACGCAUUGCAUAACGAAACGACAUCGUUCAGAUCAACACCGAUCGCAGCGUACAAAAACACAGGUGCUGAACACAAUUCCUAAAAACAACAACACAUAAUUUACAUCCUAGGGUAAAAGCAAAAGAAACAACAAGAGCAGAAGAAAACCAACAUCCUAAAUGUGACAACCCAACAGCAACAACACAAAUGGUCUGCGGUGUCUCAAAAAGGUAAAACAGCAGCGGCUGCAGCGAAAUCGUCGGAACAUCCUGUGUUUUUGGCGUAUCUCGCACACUGCUGAUUUGCCUUUUUUGCUUGCGACAGCAGUUUAAGCCUCAAUACAUACAAACGUACAACAAAGCUCACCCGAGACCCCGAGUUCGCUUCCGACAUGCCGGAAACGUUGUUGCCCCAUUAACACACCCCUCAAUCCCACUUGAUAUCAAGGCGGGGGGGACAGGGGGGCUUCGGCACGGCGCGCGCGCGCGCUCUGUUGGUUGUGUAAAACAGGCGGCACAUUAUGAAAAUCUGAAAACAACUUCCGGAACUAAAACAAAAGACUAUUUGUAUUUAUGUAAAAUAAUGUGUAUUUAAUUGUAAACUUAAUUUAUGUACAUGUAAAUUUUCCACACUCCCAACUCACUCACUCUGAAUACACACAUACACACAAUACGCGUGAGCACACACUGGCACACAGACAUUUACCUCCGACACACAUACACACAGACGUAGCUGUGCUUAGGUACAUGUAGAAGGAGGCUUGUUGUUGCACAGGAAAUGAAGGCAGAGGGAGCAUGGAAAGGGACAUCAUGUAAAGGUUUUCGCAACUCUACGAAGCUUUAGAGUGGUAGCACUUUCUAUUGGCGCAUUGUUGUGCAUCUCCUGUGUAGAGUUUCUUGCUGUGCCGGCUUCCUCCCUCUCGGUGUGCCGAUGAAAAACGAACAUCGUCUUCUUGGUGUGGGCCGCGUGGAAAUGGAGAAUGAAGGGGAAUGUGUUUUGUUUUGGAGAGUCUGUGAUAAAAGCUUCCAUCACAAACCAUCACACGAACCAACAACAACAACAUCAU